GCGACGCGGCUUUAGGCCCCCGGAUGGCGGAGCGGGGCUCGUUUCGGGGACAGGGAAGGCCCCCGUCCGCCUCUCCUCCUCCCGGAAGCGCCUGCGAGGAGGUGGCGGGGACACCGACCAGGCCGCGGUGACCCGGGGCGGCCUCAGAUUCGUGAAGGCGCCGCUUUGCUCCCGCUCCCUCUUUGCGCCAUGGCGGAGCGCGGCGCCGGCUCUUCGGAGCACUUGGAGCGGCUGCACGAGAUAUUCCGCGGCUUGCAUGGGGAGCUGCGAGGAGCCCCCGAGAGGCUGCGCGGGAGCUCGGCCGUUGAAGAGAAGAAGAAGUUGAUUCGAGAAUUUGAUGAAAAACAAAAAGAAGCAAAUGAAACGCUACGGGAAAUGGAAGAAGAACUGAAAUAUGCUCCAAUGUCCUUCCACAAUCAAAUGAUGGCCAAAAUUCGGACUUACAGAAGAGAACUUGCCAUGUUUCAGAGGAAGAUGAAAAGUACAGAUUUGGGAGUGGUUCCAGGAGGACAUGGAGAUCCAAAAUUUGGGAUCUACUCCACAGAAAAUGAGCAAAGUACCCAGCUACAGUCUCAGAGGGUGCUGCUGCUUCAAGGAACAGAAAGCUUGAACCGAGCCACUCAGAGCAUAGAGCGUUCGCACCAGAUUGCUGCAGAGACAGAUCAAGUUGGUACAGAGAUCAUUGAAGUACUUGGGGAGCAGCGGGAGCAGUUGGACCGCACCAAAGGCAGACUGGUGAACACGAAUGAAAAUUUAAGCAAAAGUCGAAAGAUAUUGCGUGCCAUGUCAAGAAAGGUUAUGACGAACAAAUUGUUGCUCUCCUUUAUCAUCAUUUUGGAGUUAGUUAUUCUGGGAGGUGUCGUAUACUACAAAUUCUUCAGCUGAAUCUUCUUGACGCACACACAGCUGUUUUCAGGCCUUCCAUCUAUCUUAAGGACUGUAUUACAAUCAUUGUCAAGGAACAGUUCUUCAGCAACAAUUGAAAUGAGUGGAUUAUAUUUACACCUUAUACAUCACACCUUCAAUACUGGUGUGUUGUCAAGUCUUAACAGCAUGUUUGUUUGAGAAUGCUGCAGGGCUACUGAGAGGAAAUGUAUCUGUAAAGAAAGACAGAGGGCAGCGAAGGGAUGGUAAGUUUUUGUAUAAUUGCAAAGUAAUAAACAUUCACCUAAGCCGAUGUGUUGUCUAGCUUGUAAUACAGCGGAGUUUGGUCACGCAGUGGAAAAAGUAACUAGUCUCUCCAAAACUGGUGAACACUUCAGAGUGUGGUAUAGUUGGGUUUUAGCCAGUCCAUUUGAGUAGAUCAGCAGAGCUGUACAUAAUGCCCAUUUGAAGCAUCUGUUGAUCCUUGAGGGUUCUACAUCCGUACUUGCUCUUCACUGUCAGAUUCAUCUGGUGAACUGGGUGUUGGGAGAUCAUUAAACAGGAUGUGCGCUCCUUCUCUUGUUUGCCCAAAGCAUGUAGCAAUCACGUCUACUGCAAGGUUAACUGUUGCAUUCACUUCCUCCUGUGAAUCUCCAAGCAGUGGAUUCACUUCUACAAGGUCCAUGGCUGAAAGCAGGCCUGGGAAAUUAAAGACACUGAGUUACAUGGGCAGGUGUGGUCUGCACUAUAUGCAACGGCAUAUGGGUUUUGUAUGAAUGAAUCCAAGGUUCCGGCCAUGCAUUGACUGAAAUAAAUUAUUGCCGUUUUAAAAGCACUGUACAGUACUGCAGUAUUUAGCAUAAUCUUAUCUUGAAUUGCCUUUUCAAACUGCGGGCCGAAAGCAAUGUUAACUACUAGCCAGUUUGGCCCUGUUUCUAGUUAUGCUGUUGCCAGUAGCAUGCAACAUUGUUAUAGAGAUACUGCAAAUAAGUAGUUAAAUGUUUUAAAUGAUGCUGCUACAUGGAUCCUUAGUGUUUUAAGGGUCCCUAACAGCUAUAAUUAAACUCGAUAAAGAGUCAAGUGAGAGAUAUUAGGUUCCCACCUCCCCUUGCUAUGGAAGCUGCCAAGGUCCUGAUAAUGGAAGGUUGCAAGGGAGCCUCAGUGAAGGCAACUUGAUGAUAGAGCAGCCAUUGUUCCUGUAAGCAAGCCUAGUUUCAUAUGGGGAGUUUGUUAGGCAUAGCUUUUAGCUGUAAUAAUUCUAACAACAUUUGAGUAAAGUCGGUUUUUCUCUUGUACUAAUAAGGAAGUGCAAUUUGAUGUCUGAAAGCACCUGAGAACUAUCCUUAUCCUUACUACUGUCCAUUCCAAUUUAUCCUUGUUAAUUUCCUUAGCAUGGGAUGAAUUAAGGAAAAGAACCUGGGCUUCUUUCUCAUUUACACUCCAACAUUUUAAACCAGGGGUCCCCAAACUUACCCGGCUUUGGGCCGGUUCCUCUGGCGCUGAUCAUGAGGCAGGCCAGAGGGCGGGGGAACGCGCUCCCAUACGCACGCGCACUUGCUUUUUCUGGUGCAGUGCAGAGCUGGAAAUGGCUUCUGAGCAUGCGCAGACGUCAUUUCCUGUGCACUUCCGGGGCGGGGCGGCACAAGAAAUAGCUUGUGCGCGUGCAUAUGGGAGCGCAUCCCCCGGCCCUCCGGCCUGCGCUUGCGCACAAGCUAUUUCUGGCGCCGCGCUGACCCGGAGAUGGGCAACUGCACCACGGUGCGCUGAUAAGAGUGGGCGGCAGGAGUCGUUGGGGGCCGCACAAUUGGCUUGCACGGGCCGCAUCCGGCCCCCGGGCCUUAGUUUGGGGGGCCCCUGUUUUAAACAAACACUUUUGUACCACAGCUGCCAUGCAAGUGUUUACUUGUAUCAUGUUAUCUAAAGCUGAAAGUAAAAUGUGCUUGUCUGGUUCUUACCUGUGUUAUGUAUUUCCUCUGAAAUGUACAUGCCUUCACGAUAUGUUAAUCCACCCAAGACAGGAGUCCCUGUUGCUGGAGCCAGAGUUGGGUCAAAGGCAUCAAUGUCAAAGCUCAGGUGGAUUGGUCUUUGUCCUCUGUGAAGGAGAAUCACUUUAUAAUACAGGUAUAACCCAUGUGAAAUAAAUCACAUCAUGGUAACUGGAGACUGAGCAGUAGGAUAUGACAAGCUGAUUGUAUGCUGACAUGUGAAUAGGUUAGUAUUUUUUGCCUAACACUGCUUCCCAAAAUGUCCACCCUCAAAGUGUUACCUGCCCAGAAGGUGGUCAAAUGUUCUUUCCAUCACUUUGUGGAUUCCCAAACGAUCAAUAUCUCUUGUUGAAAAAUACUGGAUGCCGUAGUUCUUCAAAAUAUAGCUGUUUAAGGAAAACAUAUAACUGUUUAAAGCUAUAAUGUUAAUGCGGCAUACCUCUUACUGAUGCCAAUAAAGGUUUUGAUUGAUUGAUUGA